AUGGCAAAAAAAUCAAAAAAGAGCGCGGGAGAUAAUAUUAACGCCAAAUUACAACUUGUUAUGAAAUCUGGGAAAUAUCAAUUUGGAAGAAAAUCAUGUUUAAAGGCUUUAAGAACAGGAAAAGGCAAACUUGUUAUUGUAAGUAGUAACUGCCCAUCCAUACAAAGAAGUGUAAUUGAAUAUUAUGCUAUGCUUUCAAAAUGUGGAGUUCAUGAUUACCAUGGUGAUAACAACGAUUUAGGUACUGCUUGUGGUAAAUUAUUCCGUAUAAGUUGUUUAGUUAUAACAGAUGUUGGAGAUUCUGAUAUUAUAAAGACCAAUGAAUAA